UCUUAAUUCACCACGUCUCUAAACACCCCGUGAACCCUUUGGACGGUAAUACUCCCCGGUGACGGGUGCGGGAGGGCCAAAAGGAGGUGAUUAUAUUUGUGAUGGUGGUGUAGUCAUCGAUCGACCUGACUCAAGGGCUGAAACAACUGUCAAAAUCUGCCGCACUUGACCUCCCCAGCAGCCUCCCGUCCAGCAGCAAGACAUGUCAACCGAAGGAGGUGCGGCUGCAGCAGGGGGGGCUGCCCCUGGGGGUGAUGCACCUGCAGGAGAAAAUGGCGAAAUUGUCGGUGGUCCUCGUGGGCCACAGCAGGUUGCAGCACAGAAACGAAUGCAACAAACACAAGCACAAGUGGAUGAGGUCGUGGACAUCAUGCGGACAAACGUGGAAAAAGUCCUGGAAAGGGAUCAGAAACUUUCAGAACUGGAUGACCGUGCAGAUGCCCUUCAACAAGGAGCUUCACAGUUUGAACAGCAGGCUGGCAAACUAAAGAGGAAAAUGUGGUGGAAGAACCUAAAGAUGAUGAUCAUUAUGGGUGUCAUCGGUGUCAUUGUCCUCAUCAUCAUUGUUGGGCCCUACAUUCCUAAAGGAAGUGAAAACAAGACGGACAAUGUAGCUACCAACACUAACGCUCAACUCAGCCCACCUACCAACAUGAUGAAUAACGCCCAUAACUCUUUGCAGUCAAGCUCGGCUUAGUCGAGGUGUAGUGAAUCACCUCUCUUCUCUCACCUACUGUGAGCCUGGGCAGUGAACUAAAUUGCUUUUCAGGACAGAUGUUGGUGAUUUUGUGGGUGAGAGCUUCAUUAUGAAAAAAAAAAAUCCAGCCUAAGUCUUGCUAAGAUAUUACUAGUUAGAAUUAUAGCCAUGAGCAGUAGAUUUUCUUUAUAACCUUACAUUUGUUUUAUAUUUUUGUUUAUUAUUAUUAUUAUUAUUAUUAUUAUUAUUAUUAUUAUUAUUAUUAUUAUUGUUAGCAUGAUCAUUAUCAGUCAGAUGAGUAAGUACAGGUAGGGGGUAAAACAUGAAAUCUGAAUGGAAGAUAUACUUCUACUUGGAUGUAAUGUUAAGUAUACCUUGAACAUUAAAUAAUGAAUCAUUGUGUUUGUUAGUGAAUUCCAAGCCCAGGGAAUUCAGGGGUUGGUAUGGUCCAGACCUUCCCCUAGUGAACUGGGCUUAAAAAGUGUUAAUGUGUGAGUGUGAGUAGGUGUGAAUGUUAGCAUGCAAAACCUUUAGGUUCUUGUUUAGGGUGUGUCCAGUGCCCUCAAACAAUCAACCUUGGGAUAUUAUAUAUAAAUUUUUACCCUCUCUCUGUACUACCAAGACAUUUAUAAAUCAGUUUCAGUUCCAAACUUAUUUCUCUUUCAGUUGGCAUUUAUAUGUUGCAGGAGGAGGGUUGUUCCAGUUAUAUUAUUUGCAUGUGCCUUAUUUUCUCUGACACAAGUUGUGAGCAAGUUAGAUAAGAUUGCCUCCUGGUUCAAUCUCACUAGCUUUCUGCUUACCCUGUACAUCUUUAUAACUAUAAGUCAUAAUCUGUACAAUGUAAUAUAUUAAUGUUAUUACAAAUACUAAAGUAGUUAAUUCAGACUAGACUUUCACCUUCAUAGUAAGUAUUCCUUGAAAGAGUUCCUUGAUAUAUCUGUUGUUGAUAAACUUGGUCUAAUAGUAUUAGGAAAAGAUCUGAGAACACCAGAUCUGCUUUGUAGUAGUUGAAUAUUCAGAUUUGAAAGGUACUUGUAACAGUCAGCUUUCACCCAUUGAUCUCAUUGUCCAUAACAAGUACUCACAACUUGUGUCAGAUUAAUCUUUACUUUGUUCUUUUAAAAUUGUCAUACCACAUGGCUGUUAUUUGUUUUUAUUUACUCUACACUAGUUUGGGUUACAACUGACUCGGAGUGAAGGCGAUCAUCUGGCAG